AUGCAUGACACAACAUCAAGGAUAUCCAAGCCGGCCGGAGUGCGGGUUUCGCAGAGAGCUCCCCAGUCAUGCAUACCGUGCUUUAAGAGGAAGGUCAAGUGUAACAGGACCGUUCCGUGCAGUAAUUGUGUUCGCCGAAACGAAGUACAGUUUUGUGAGAGGGAAGUCGUUAUAGUGAAGAAAGAACUCAGCCAUGCUUUGGUGCAACACCAUCAACAAACGCAACGGGGCGAAUCAGAUCGUCUGCUCCCAAUCCAGCCUGAAGCUGGGAGCCGUAGUCGCACUCCAACGGCACCUGGGGCCUCGAAUUUGCAAUUUUCCCUCGGAGAGUACGAUAUGGAUUCGUACAAUCUUUCAUUGAACUUUUUGUCCUCAGGAUAUGCCAGUCUCGACCCUAGUAUUGGAAAGCAGGACUCUAACAAGCCCGGUGUUUUAGAUACCCUUUCAAGCAUCACAAUGGGAAGCGAUUGGGUGUCGCUGCCUGAAGCAUUCACAAGGUUGAUGUCUUCCAUCGAUUAUGAUACGUCCAAAGUUUUGAUCGAGUUUGCGUGCACACAAUUGACGUUCAUCCACAACGGGAUCAUUCCCCCAGUAUUCAUACAGGAGCAUGAAGCAUUCUGGCGGGCAGAGAUUUUGACCGAAAACAUACCGAAGAGUUAUCUGGUUAAUCCAAAAGGAAACCAGUUCUAUAGCAGACACUAUUACUACUGGAUAUCCAUGUAUUAUGGUCUUCUAUGCUCUGCUUUAUACUUUGGAGACGGUUUCUUGAACGACAAGGUGAACCUCUCUGAGGAAUACUUCAAGCAAUUUCCCAGAUUGUUAUUCCAGGCUUCUUUGGACUGUCUGCAGAAGGCAGAGUUUAUGUCGUAUCCCGAUUUCCGUGCCAUCCAAAUAUUUUGUAUCAUGAGCACAUGCUUCCAUGGAUUUGCCGGGGUCCAUUUACACAAUUGUCUGCUGACGUCAAUCUUCUACGUCGCGCGCUUCUUGAAAUUGGAUUGUCUGAACGAUAAGGAUGAUUCUACAAACAGGACAGAUGCUGAUAUUGAACUGCUGAAACGUGCAUGGUGGACUCUAGUGAUCAUUGAAGGCCUAAACGAUCAUUGCAGAUGGAUACCAUUGAGCAAUGAAUUUUCAACCUCAUACCCCAAACUGAUUACCAUUAACGAGCUCAUAGGAAAAGAAAAAUAUGAUCCCAAAGUCCAGCUAACAUAUCAGCAGAGAGCGAAGGGAUACUCCUAUGUCUUAUACCAAAUCUUCAUGGCUGAAAUGGCCUCCAUCAAGAAACAACAUUACCAUGAAGAUGGAUCCCCUGGAACACUUGAGUCUCUGCUAGUUGCCGAUGAAAAAAUGAUAUCACUUCUUUCAGACUACGAUUCGAUAUUCUGCAAGGCUGUCCCCGAAUCAAUACCAGAUAACUCCACAGAUAUUGAUGUGAUAACUUUUCCCUUCGCCAAGUACCUUCUCAAGUUUUCUCUGAACUGCGAAUCCCUGGAAAUCACCCGCAGACUCUUGCCUCACCUUGGCCGCAAUAAAUGGGUCAUCGUAUACAGACCGAGAUGCAUUAACUAUUCGUUGAACAUUUUGAGGAACUUCAAUGACUCAAAACUGCCAAGCUUCUACAACCGGAUCUGGACUGUGGCCAAGCAUGUCAUUAAUGCAAGUCUCUUCAUCCUAUUGGACAUUCUCAUGAUGGGGGAAAAGAUUUCUCACGAGGACCAUAGAAUAGUGGAGAUCAGAAAGGCAAUACCUGUGGUUGACGAAAUGAAGAACUCCCACAUGCCUGCCAAGGUGGGUACUGCCAUACUAGAAAAGCUAAUGUGGUUAGUCUCUUACAUUAACUACCCGAGCCAAAUGUCGUCUCCUGACACGGUGCUGGAAGAUAUGUCAAUUCGGACGUUUUUGACAGACCUCAAGCUUCUUCCUUUGAGGUUUCCUCCCAAUGGAUCAAAGAGCAAGGGAAAAAAGUCUACUUCGGGGCCCUUCCUGGUGAGAAGAACCAACAACGAUUAUACCAACAGUCCACCUGUGGCCAACGAGAGUGACAGUUCACCUUAUUUUCAGACCACUCCCCCUCCACAGCCAAGUGUUCUCUUCAACACCACCAACCAACUUCAACGAUUCGACUUCAACUUACCGGAUGUGCUGAAUGAUAGUGGUUGGGAUGAGCUACUGCAUUGGAUCUCCAAUGGCUACUUUUGUCUCGAGCCUGAUGAGUAUCGGUCGCCAUCAAUAUAA